CUCCAUCUGUUUGGGCCUUCGCCGCAACGAUCGAAAAGAUGGUUCUGGAACUUCAUGUUUGGGGUCCGGCCUUUUCCUUGCCAUCUAUUGAUGCGCAAUGUCUCGCCGCCAUCGCUUAUCUCUCCCUGACCCUGCCCCAGGAUGCUUGGGUGCUUGUCGCAAGCAGUGAUCCUUCCGUGUCCCCGACUUGCGAAUUGCCGGCCCUCAAAAAUGACUCAACUUGGGUGAGCCGGUUCCGGAAUAUCGUCGAUUACUUGCGGCAAUACUCCAACGGCGAAUGGGACUUGGAUCAGAAUCUCACUGGGCUGGAAAAGGCAGACAACAUUGCCUUCUCCGCCUUCCUCGAAUCCCGCGCCCAAUCCCUUCUCGACCUCUCCCUCUACGUCACCAGCCAGAACUACUACAACAGCACCUCCCCCUCCUACGGCGCCAUCCUCCAAUGGCCCAACCAAUGGAUCCUGCCUCCGAAAAUUCAUACCGCCGCGAAAGACCGCACCGAGCAUCUCGGCCUCUCCUCCUUGGAUCUGGACGCCAUCGAAGAGCAGCGGAAACGUGAGCACUCGGCCGCCGUCGCAGCGGGCCACGUCCCCAAGAACCUCAUCCCCCGGCCACGCGACACCGUCUCGUCUCUGCUGGGCAAGACAUCGCAGCAGAACCAGUUCAAGCUGGAGGCGUUGACAGCGGAACUGUUCGAGCCACUGGAGGAGAUUCUCGGCGACAAGAAGUACUUCCUACACAUGAGCGAGGGUGGCCCGACGAGUCUGGAUUGUCUGGCAUUGGGGUAUCUGAGUCUGGCGCUUGUGCCGGAGCUGCCCCACCCAUGGUUGCGGGAUGCGAUGCGGAACAAGGCACCCUUCGUGACGGCGUACACGGAGCGACAGAGGCAGAAGAUCUUUGGCAUUGUGAACGUCGAACAUGCGCUUUCGCCGAACAGUGCGAAGAGAUCCUCAUCGAUCCUCCCCUGGCAGGUGCCGCAACGGGCCCGACUGGCUACAGUUAGCAGCACGCUGUACAACACUCUCGCCGAUGCAAUUCCAGUCUGGAAGGACAUUCGAAUGCACCGUCGCAUCAAGGAUGAAAUUGAAGAAAACUCUGAAAUCGCCGGCAUUGAGCGGCGGAUGUUGUCAAUCGUCGCGGACACAUGGACGAAGGAUGUUUGGUUAUCGGUUGGCACUGUGGUGGGAGGGAUUGCGGCUUUGGCUGGGUACCUGGUGUGGAAUUCAUCGGGGGGAGAAGUAGAGUAUGAGGAUGGAGAUGAAGAUGAUGAAUUGCAGUUUACACUUCCCGAUCAACCCAUGCAGGUUGGUGAUAUGCUUGCGGGGCUGUAAUGUAUAUUAGAUAUUCCUUUUUAUCCUAUCUUUAUGUUUUUCUCGACAUGUACAAUGAAUUACUGAUAAUAUCCAGAUUAUUCAACAGUGUCUAGAUAUAGAGGCGACCAGCCAGGCACCAUUCAGAAUGAG